UGUUUAUUGUUUUUACUUUAAUUGUGUAAUUCUGGGUACAUGUCAGGCCCUGUGCUGGUCAGAAGGAUUUAUUACUGCAUGUCACAAAUGAAGGCUGCAGGAUUGUGUCUUAUGAGCAGGUGCUGAACCCAAAUCCAAUUAUGGUCAUGCUGGAAAUGAAAGACAGAAGGCAUGGUGAUGUCACUUCCAGCAACUGGCUGUUUAUGUAGUGCAAAUUUUACAUUUUUCACUGCAGUUUUGCAAACUCCUUCUCCUUUUUAUUUUUAAAGAAAAGAAAACAACUUUUUGAUCAAAAGUGGGCCAUAAAACAAAAUGCAAAUGAGAGAAAAUCAGUGCAGAAGUAUCCAUAAAUUUAAGAUGUUCAAGAUGUAAGUUCAAUUUUCAAUAAAGUCUCUUGCGGCUUUCACUCAAAGCUGUUUGACACCUUAAACUUUGACACCUGAAACUUGUUGAAGCUGACGCACUGUGUAAUUUUAAAGCUCUGAUGCACACAAAGCUUAUGCAUUGUGUGCAUCAGAGAGUAAUUGGUAUAGUUUUCAAGGGCUUUGAGAACAGCACUAUGAUCUAAUGGUACAAUAGACUUCAGUCCCAUCAAGCUGUAAGCUUCUUGUGCAAGACUCAUUUGCUUGGGUGUGGGGAUGGGAAGAAAUUACAUGACACUGGGACACUAGGGGAGGUGGGAACAGGUUGGUAGGGGGUGGAGAGAGGAAGGAAGGACUGAAGACAGACAGUGAUAGACAGCACUGAUCCUCAUUCUUGGACGUGGAGAGAGAGAAGAUAAGGAUGAGAAAGGUAGAAGGGAGGAUGUAUUGAAGCAGGGAAGGAGGGAGACUGCAUCAAAGAGGGGAGGAACAUUGAGAGUGAGGGAGGAGCCCUUGGUCCUCGGCUUCUGACCUGGUCCCUUGUAGCUCCACUUUGGCUAAGUGGGGAAUCUCACUGAGGAUUUACAGCUGGGACCUUCAGCCCUUGGGACAUUUCUUGUUUGGGAUUCAAUUUAGUGGAAUAUUUGCUCAGAAACUCAGGACGUGACGAUCUGCUGGACCCCUACCGGCUGCACAGGAGAUUCCCAAGUGUGUGAGUAAUAUGAGGAAGCCUUUGAAUGGGCUGGAUCCUGGAAUCAGACUGCAGGGCUUCCAUUGUGUUUAGACUGGGGAGCAGCAUGCAAACAAAUCGGUAACCCGCUGCGGCCUGUCAAAACCCCGCCCUCGUAGAGCCAAACAUCACCACUGACCCAGCUUUGGGGGGUAUUCCAGACGCUUCCACUCUGCCCACUCCAACCUGCUUCAAACACCAUGGAUUUCACGUUACCCAUAAGGAGUCAAGACAUGAUGGAAUCGUCCAGCUCUACACCUCUUCUGGGCCCUCACAGCAGCUGCACCAGACAGCACUACCAGAGUGUCAAAAGAAAGCUGCGGCCUGGACGGAUUCUGGGCUUCAUCAUCAGUCUGGUGGUGGUCUGCACAGUCUGCUCAUGGAGUGCCUUGUCGCUGGCCACAAUGGUGGCCAAGGAGAUGGAAUCAUCCGUCGAGGGCUCAGCAGAGGCAGCAGUGCCCCAAAGAACUCUUCUGCAGCAUCACAACCUCUCAGCUGCACCAGAGGAAACACCAGUGGCCAUGCAAUCAUCUGAAAUAGAGUUGAAUCACGGGGACUACCCAACAGACUACUUCAGCGUGGAGGAGAGACGCCAGGGCUAUGUGGUGCUUCAUAUGUUUGGCAUGCUGUACAUGUUCAUAGCCUUAGCCAUUGUCUGCGAUGAGUUCUUUGUUCCUGCACUCACUGUCAUCACAGAGAAACUAGAGAUCUCUGAUGAUGUAGCAGGGGCCACCUUCAUGGCGGCAGGUGGCUCAGCUCCAGAGCUCUUCACUUCUGUCAUAGGAGUCUUCGUCUCCCACAGUAAUGUGGGUAUCGGUACCAUUGUGGGCUCAGCCGUCUUCAACAUCCUGUUUGUGAUUGGGAUGUGCGCCCUGUUCUCCAAAGAGGUGCUCAACCUCACCUGGUGGCCUCUGUUCAGAGACGUCUCAUUCUAUAUCAUUGGUCUGCUCAUGCUCAUCUAUUUUUUUCUGGAUAAUCAAAUCACAUUGACGGAAAGUAUCAGCCUGCUGAUGUGCUACACCUGCUAUGUGACAUUUAUGAAGUUCAAUGCCAAAGUAGAAAUUUUCAUCAAGAGUGUACUGGGCAGCAACCAGGUGGAUGAGCUGGAAACUGCACCAAAGGUAAACGUCCCUGGAGAUGAUGAGAACAAGCUGAUGGCCAAACCCAGGCUGCAGAGGGAAGGCAGCUGUGCCUCUCUACACAACUCACUGAUGAGAAACAGCAUCUUCCAGCUCAUGAUACACACCCUGGACCCCCUCAGUGACGAAGGUAUGGGACGUUUCAAAGAGAAGGCGUCGAUCCUUCACAAAAUGGCCAAGCAGAAGUGUAAAGAAGAUGCUUCCAAUGCCAACGGUGUAGGUGCCCUCUCCCAGACACAACCUCCAAGAAAAGAGAAUUCUGACAAAGACAUCCCCAACAGUACAAAUGUCGCUGUGGAAGUCACACCACCCAUGAACGGUGUUGCGGGAGGAGAAGAGGGUGGAGAGGAAGAGGAGGAUGAGGACCAGCCUCUGAGCCUGGCCUGGCCCGACACCCUCAGGAAACAGAUCACCUACCUCAUCAUCCUGCCCAUCGUCCUGCCACUGUGGAUCACACUGCCUGAUGUCAGGAGAGAGACCUCAACAAAGUUCUUCCCCAUAACUUUCCUCGGCGCCAUUUGUUGGAUUGCUUUCUUCUCCUACCUGAUGGUGUGGUGGGCUCACCAGGUUGGAGAAACUUUCUGGGUCACAGAGGAGAUAAUGGGUCUGACCAUAUUAGCAGCUGGCACUUCAAUCCCUGACCUGAUCACCAGUGUGAUUGUGGCACGAAAAGGCCUCGGCGACAUGGCCGUGUCCAGCUCUGUGGGCUCCAACAUCUUUGAUAUCACUGUGGGCCUGCCUUUCCCCUGGCUGCUCUACAACAUCAUCAACGACUUCAGGCCAGUGGAGGUGAGCAGCAACGGCUUGUUCUGCGCCAUCGUCCUCCUCUUCCUCAUGCUCCUCUUUGUCAUUAUAUCCAUCGCGGCUUGCAAGUGGAGAAUGAGCAAGGUCCUGGGCUUUUUUAUGUUCUUGCUCUACUUCGUCUUCCUCAUCGUCAGUGUCAUGCUGGAGGACAAAAUCAUCAUCUGCCCCGUCACCAUCUGAGAGAGAAUCACUUCCAAUAAAAAUGUACUCACAUGUACCCUGAUUUACUGUAGGAGUGGAAAGACAUGCUCAGAAAGACACAAACUGUCUCUUAUUUGUCACAUGUACAGACACAGCAGAUGAUUUCACACACUCUCUCUCACACACACACACACACGCACACACACUCACACACACACACACACCGGAGCAUCACAGCAGUUCAGCAGUUACACACAAGCCUGUGCAUCAUUCUGCCACCCAAUAGGAGAGACUCCUCUCUUUCUGUACCACGUGGUUACAUUCAGUGGCCGCUAUUGGCUGAAACAUGCUGAAAGGACCUAAUGGACAAGUUGAGCGAAUGCUACCAGGGGUGGAAAUUUCAGCUGAAGAUCACCAGAGAUUGUUGUUUUUUCACCUAAAGCAUCAGCAGUCAGUAUACAAAUUACCUCUGCUCCUCAUGCAAACAGCCAAGUUAUAUAUAGCAUAAGCUGAAUAGGGGGGCUAAAAGAGACUUUAUACUUUGUUUUAAAGAGCAGCAAAGCUCUGGAGUGAUCCCGUAUGUCAUGGAAUAAAAAUAAGAAAAGACAGGGCCGGGACAACGCAUAAAUAGCUGCCUAAUAUAUUUUUAGAUAUUGACUGUGCUCAUCUUACCACCUGUAUAGUUUUGCAGUGUCAUUGACAGAGAAAUAUCCAGUGUUAAGAUCUUGAUUAUGUUUUUUCAAAUACAGCACAUCUAAUUUAAGGACAUCUUUAUCGGAAACUACUACUUAAUAUCCCUUUCAUGAUUAUCUCUAAUAAGAUACAUUAAAUGCAAAAUAGUUUCAGUAGAGUGUGCACAGAUAGAAUGGACAAAGAUUAAGCUGGCUAAGUUGUUCUCAUGCUCAAUACUUCUUAUUUGUCAUCUUAUUUUGGUUUUUCAUAUAAUAAGGUUGUGAGAGUGACUUUUUCUGUUCGGUCUGCCUUUACAUCUACCACUUUAGAAAGAGAUUACUUCAGUAUCCUGACUAAAACUGGACACUUUUGGAAUGGAAAUGUUAUAAACAGGUCAGUGUCUCAAUGAUGCUGUCUGGGCGACAAGUGGUGGACUAAAGAUUAGUGAUCUCUGUAUCUACUGUAUUUUAUUUGUUAAACUCAAAAGUGUUUUUUUUUUCCUGAAUUGUGUAUUUAUAAAAAGCAGUGUUCAAUGUCAACAGGUAUCACUGGAUUUCUUCUGUAAUGUUUUCAUGUCAAACGACAUAAGUACUGUACAACAUAAAUAUCUGUGCAGGUGCAACUGACAGCAACAUCAUAGACUUUUCUCCUCAUUCUCCACAGCGGCAGGCUUUUCGUAUCAGGCCUAAUCUGGAGCCAGCGUUACGUUCACGUGCUGCUUCCCUGUGUUCUGUGUUCGGUGUGUGACAUAAAGAGUGAAGAGAGUUUCAGCUUGUGAUGUUUGUAUAGGGCCUCAUUGUGCCACUUUGAUGUGCUAUAAACGCUGUUUUCGUCAGCUGAACCUCCUGUUGAAUGCUGAAAGACCUCACACAGCCUGCGACACUCACCGCCGUUCAUCAGUUGUUCAUUUCCUUGUGUUGCCUGCUUUCUGUGUCAGAUAUAUGAAAUAGAGCUGAACGUGGGCAAUAUCUUAUCAUUUAUUCCCCCCUUCAAUGUUCCACAUGCUCCAUCAGUGUUGGAGAAAUGCUCAAUAAAGGCACUGUAGUAAUCUCUGAAUAACAUCUUUCUCUGCUUCUUAUUCUUUUUAGUGAUAUUAAAAUGUUAAGGUGCAGCGUAGUGCAACCUCAUAACACAAAUAAUGCAAAAAGAUUGUGUUCUGCUGCUUAAACUUUUGUAUUGGUUUCCCAAGAACGCUCAGGUAUAAAUCUGCAUUU